AUGGCGAGUGUAAAACCUUAUCAAUUUGAACCAGAUUGUUCAAAUGAGCGGGAUUCAAACAAUUUUACUGAAAAUAAUGAUUUUGAAAUUAACGUAGAUAAUCGAAGUGGUAAAUUAAAUUGGUGCAAAUGUGGACAGUGCGUAAUUAUGACGACGGAUCAAGAAAGCGUCUGUUGUCAAGAAAGUGAAAAAGUAAAACAAGUUAGUGGAAUAGCUGGUUGUGUGACACACAAUGUUUUAUUCAACAAACUAGUUUUAGAUAAAGAUGUUUUAAAUAUUUCUCGUCAUAAAAUGAUUUUAAAGUCUAAAAAAAAACAGAAAAAAAAAAUUUUGUGUAAAAUUGAAACACAAAAUAAAGUCUGGCGAUACUUGGCUUACAAACAGUUUAUUUCGUGGAUAAAUGCAUGCACAACGAUUGGAAAGGGAAAUAGGAUAGUAAUUCCAUCAUGUGUUAUUUAUAAAAUAAGACAGACUUAUCCAGAAGAAAAUGGUGUUUAUGUAGGAUUUCGGCCCAACGAUAAACUUCCUACCUAA